CCCGGAGCACCGGGCGCCCACGAGGACGCUGUUCUCCGUGGCUUCCGGGCGCACGCUGCUCGGCCGCCGCCGCCGGACCGGAAUUCCUGGUGCCGCCGCAGUGGCCGCCGGUGCGCGCUGCUCCGCCGCCGCCAUGGGGAUCUUGGAGAAGAUCUCGGAGAUCGAGAAGGAGAUUGCUCGGACGCAGAAGAACAAGGCCACUGAGUAUCACCUGGGUCUGCUGAAAGCAAAACUCGCCAAAUAUCGGGCCCAGCUCCUGGAACCUUCCAAAUCGGCCUCAUCCAAAGGAGAGGGCUUUGAUGUCAUGAAGUCAGGCGAUGCGCGUGUGGCGCUGAUUGGAUUUCCCUCUGUGGGUAAGUCCACUUUCUUGAGUCUGAUGACCUCCACAGCCAGCGAAGCAGCAUCCUACGAGUUCACCACUCUGACGUGUAUCCCUGGGGUCAUUGAAUACAAAGGUGCCAACAUCCAGCUCCUGGACCUUCCUGGAAUCAUUGAAGGCGCAGCCCAAGGGAAAGGCCGUGGCCGGCAAGUGAUUGCUGUGGCACGCACAGCCGACGUCGUCAUCAUGAUGCUGGAUGCCACCAAGGGAGAGGUGCAGAGGUCUCUGCUGGAGAAGGAGCUGGAGUCUGUGGGCAUCCGCCUCAACAAGCACAAGCCCAACAUCUAUUUCAAGCCCAAGAAAGGUGGCGGCAUCUCCUUUAACUCAACAGUCACGCUGACCCAGUGCUCGGAGAAGCUGGUGCAGCUCAUCCUGCACGAGUAUAAGAUCUUCAAUGCGGAAGUGCUCUUCCGAGAAGACUGCUCCCCAGAUGAGUUCAUUGACGUGAUCGUGGGCAACCGGGUGUACAUGCCCUGCCUAUAUGUGUACAACAAAAUCGACCAGAUCUCCAUGGAAGAGGUAGACCGCCUGGCAAGAAAGCCCAACAGUGUGGUCAUCAGCUGCGGCAUGAAGCUGAACCUGGAUUACCUGCUGGAGAUGCUGUGGGAGUACUUGGCCUUGACCUGCAUCUACACCAAAAAGAGAGGACAGAGGCCAGACUUCACAGAUGCCAUCAUUCUCCGGAAAGGGGCCUCCGUGGAGCAUGUGUGUCACCGCAUCCAUCGGUCGCUUGCCAGCCAGUUCAAGUACGCCCUGGUGUGGGGUACCAGCACCAAGUACAGCCCACAGCGGGUGGGCCUGACUCACACCAUGGAACAUGAGGAUGUCAUCCAGAUUGUGAAGAAGUAACAGCUCUUGCCCCGCCCACCGGCCUGUCUCCCUGGGAGUUGGACCCACUGGACCACACUAAUGCCCCACUGGGAAAAAUACAAAUACACACACCCCAAGAAGAGGUCCCUCAAGUCUCUGCUGUUUCCAGAAGUUUCUUCAGUAGGCAGAUGAUGGAGAGUGUGUUGGGGCAGGGGGUGAGAGGGCGAGGCUGGGAGCAUUUCCCGUGAGACUGGUCUCUUUGAUGGGGGUUCUGGGUUAGGAGCCCUGGGCCUGCAUCUUUGCUCACCUGUUCCACCCCCCACCCCCCAGGGCCUAAAGCAGAUGGAGUGCUUGGUGCUGGGCAGGGAGCCGGGCCUGCCUGGUCUGGAGUGGUCACUGUCAGAGCACCUUGCUUCCAUAGCUCCUGCUGGCUUCUCUGGCACUUGGGGACGGGCUUCCCAGGAAGAAACCCUCUGGUCUUCCCCACAAAGGGCUGUCCAGGGUGGAAACCAGAGGUUAGGGGCUCCAAAGCCCCAGAUCACACCCUCCACAGCCCGAGGGGUGUCCUAAAGUGCCUCCCCCUUUGACCCCCCUCCCAGGGCAGCCCCUGCCUAGCACAAAAACCCCAGGCCCCUGGCUCUGCACGCCUGGGGUGGGGACUGGAGUUUGCGUUCUGUUUUCUCUCCAAGCCCCCAACCUCUGCUCUCCUUUCUGAAAUAAAGGGUUUUAAAUGGUG